UUUAUUGAUAUACGAUUGCGGUAAGCAUGGAAGCAACCGCUUCUAAUGACGAAUAUGAACACGCUCUAGCCAACGUGAUGUAUGUAACAAAUAAUAUACCGGGACCUGGCGUAGAUAUAGUAGAUUUCGAAUCGGAAUAUUCCAUAGGAUGCUCGUGCACAGUUGAAUGUUACAAUUGCUCUUGUACACGUGGUUCUGCUAAUUAUUCCAAUGCACGAAUUAUCGAUGAAAAAUUAGCUGUGCCUAUAUUCGAAUGUAAUACUAACUGCAAAUGCCAAUCGUAUUGCGGGAAUAGAUUGGUGCAAGAUGGCCCAUUAGACUGUUUAAUUGUGCGUGAGGUCGCCGGCAAAGGUCUCGGUCUCUUCACGACUAAAACUAUCGAAAAGGGCCAAUUUAUUUGCGAAUACGCUGGGGAAGUAAUAAGCUUGCAAGAAGCGCGAUACCGAAUUGAAAUAAAUAAAAAAUAUAACGCAAUGAAUUAUGUGCUUAUAGUUCGCGAACACUACGGUGAACGCGUUAUUGUAACUUGUAUAGAUCCGAAGUGUUUUGGUAAUAUUGGGCGCUAUGCUAAUCAUAGCUGUGAUCCAAACUCUAGCCUCGUCCCGGUAAGAAUAGAAGGAAUUAUACCUCGGUUAUGCUUAUUCGCAUGUAGGGAAGUAAAAAAUGGAGAAGAAGUGACUUUUGAUUAUGCUGGUGGAUUAGCGGCUAAUUCCGUCCAUUGUCUCAGUGAUACUCCUUGUCUUUGCGGUUCUAAUAAUUGUUUCGGUUACUUACCGUAUAAUCCAGUUUGACAGCAUAGGAGGCACUCUUUUAAAAUUAUAUUUACAUAUAAUAUUAUAAUAAUAAAACUAGUUUAAACGCUUGUAAAAUUUACAUCGCUAGAUUUGAUCUAUAAAUUACUUACAUAAGAUCAGAAUGGCGAUGAAAAAAUUGUGUGUCUUGAAACACUCGAUAUCAUAAAUUAGAAUAAGAUACAUAAAUCAAAAUUCUCAUAAAUGAACACAUAGUUCUAUGACUGGUCAUGUGUAACUGGAAUCAUAUGUAAAUCUGGAAUAUAAAUUUUAAAAGUAUGUGUUUUUACUUUACAUAUAGAUACAUGUAAACAUGUAUGUACAUACACAAAGAAAGGGUGUGUCUAAUUAUAUUAAUAACGUUAUAUAUCCCAGUCGCUUCACCUGCAUGUUAAUCGACGCUUCUUUGCAAUAGAUCAAUGCUAUCAAUUCUUAUAUCAAUUCUAGUAUACAGAAUAUCACGUAUGUAAGCGAGAUAUCCUGUAUACUUCCACAUUGCGACUUCAAACAUAAUGAAAGCAUAAUUUAGUGUUUAGAUGGCUUCUGCUAUUUAUUAUUUUAUAUUUUAUUACGAAUUAAAUUUUAUUACUUAUACUUUUAUGUGUAGUACAUUUUAAAUUAGUUCUAUUAAAUACACUUUUAAUUAAAGUAUGUAGAAUAUAUAAGAUGUGGACAAGCACGUUGGUAGUAUUGAUUUUCUAUCAUAUCACGAUAUCAAUGUGUAUAUAAAUUAUUUAAUGUGCCAACAAAGAGAAUAUAUGACAUAAUAUUUUCCCAAUCACACAGUAAUUUAGCUAAAGGUAAAGUUUAAGAAACACGUUCUAUAGUUCAAAAUAGUAUUUCUCCUGCUCGGUUAGUUUUUAUUAUGUAUAAAUAACGCAAAAGAAGUGAUAAUUAAUGCAACCAACGUGAGGUGUUCUCAAGAAAGUAGACAUUACCAGAAAUUGCCAAUUACUGAUGUACACAUUUAAUGAUCUGCUUCUCAUUGAAACGACAAAUGAACAGCGAAUCAAACAUUUCUUCAAUUAUUAGAACUAGGGUUAAUGUAUAAAAUAUUAUUACGAUAUUCAUAUCAAUGGUAUUGUAAGAGUUUAAUUAUAUGUAUGUAUACACAUAUUUAUAUAGGCAUAAGAUACAUCUGGAUUAUGUAACAUCGAGUCAUUGAAAUUUAAAAUUUUUCGAUUGUUAAAGAAAAUCAAUGGAGUACAUAGCACAGUAUAUUAAUAUAUGAAAAUAAAAUAAUAUGCAUGGUAACGUUGAGUUACAAAUAAUUCGUUAAAAUUUUAUAUAUAAAGCAUAUGAUAUAAAUAUAUAUGUAUAUAUUUUUUCUUUAUAAUUGUGUGGAUACUUUUACUAUAUAAGACAUUGGUACAUGCUUAUUUAUGUUAUACCAAUGACAAAUAUAGUUCCCAAUAACUGCCUUUAAUAUGUAUAAAUGACGAUUUGUAAUAAUAGAAUUAAUUUGAACGAUCAUCCAAUGUUCAAUGUUACAUACUCAUUCAGAAAUUCAGUAUCAUCUUCUGUAUGAUCGUAUGUUGUAUAUUAUAUUUAAGGGGUUUCAUAUAUCACUUGUAACAUUAGACAUACGCUUGUAUUAAAGAGUAAAUCACUGAAAAUUUGUAGAUGGUACAUGGCUUGGUAUAUCUGUGUCGCUCUGUACAUGAACUUAUCAGGAUAAAUGCUUUUAAAGUCAAUUACGUUUAUCGUGAAAGUAGUAUUAGAUAUUAAGCUUAUAUGUAAAUUUUUAGCUUAAGAUUAUAUUAAUUUAUCUUAAUUUGUCGAGAUAAAUUUUCUAUGAUGUAAUUAUUUCUUUUUUUUCAUAAUUGACAAAAUUUGGAUCUCGACGUUAUCAUUGACAAAGUUAUGUAAAAUUUACCAUGUAACAUGUACAAAGUCACUAAGUUAAUCCAAAUCUGUAAACUAUGUGAAUGGCAAGAAAGGUAAAUAGUUAUAUGUUGACAAUAAAAUUAUGUACACAUUA